UUUUUAACCAAUAGAGGGCGGCAUUGUUCGUCUGUCAUGUGAUGAGUAAAGUUUUUCUCGGUCACCUGUCACUAAAAUAGUCUUGAUAUUUUAUAAACCGUGAAAACUUUGCAGAAUGGCCCAGAUACGCAGCGUUGUUCUCCACACAUUCUGGUGGCUGUUUUUGGCCACUAGCAUAGUGCUCAUCUUCCAAUUCGUUCUUACUGGCAAAGGUGAACGUGUAAGUGUUGGUUGGUUCCUGGCAUCCACUUCACCUUAUAUGUGGGCAUGUCUUGGAAUUGGUUUGUCGGUGGCAUUAUCUGUGGUAGGAGCUGCUCUGGGCAUUCAUACAACGGGCACCAGCAUUGUGGGCGGUGGUGUAAAAGCUCCAAGAAUAAAGACAAAGAAUUUAAUUUCGGUUAUCUUUUGUGAGGCUGUAGCCAUUUACGGACUGAUCACUGCUAUCGUUUUAUCCGGUCUGUUGGAAUCGUUUACAAUGUCGGCAGCACUAGAGAGUCAAACUGUAAUGAAUAAUAAUUGGUUUGGAGGAUACGUAAUGUUUGGUGCAGGGUUAGCAGUCGGUUUGGUGAACUUGUUCUGUGGUAUUGCUGUUGGCGUUGUUGGUUCCGGAGCUGCUCUUGCAGAUGCAGCUAAUUCAGCGCUUUUUGUGAAAAUUUUAAUUGUGGAAAUUUUCGGUUCAGCCAUUGGACUUUUCGGCUUGAUUGUAGGCAUUUACAUGACGUCCAAAGUUAAAAUGGGUGAUAAGAAAGACUAAGUUAAAAAUGCAAUGAAGGAGGUUGGUACGAGCAAUUAAAAGACACAGCACAGCUCAAAGAAAAGUACCAUUAACAUAUAGAUGCCUAAAUACAAAUUCCAGUCAAAAACAAUGAGUCUUUCACUCAUUCUUUGUUUUUGGAUUAUACUUAAUAUCAAAUCGUAUUAGAUGUACAUAUUUUGAUUAGUAAAAUUAAAGUUUACCUACAUAAAAGAGCACAAUGGUUCACAGAAAUUCGAAAUAAGCCAUAAAUUACCCAACUCAUUCCACAUUAGAUAAAUAUUUGAUGAGCAAAGUAUUUAAUUUUCAUUAUUUAAAUGCGUGCCAAUAGGCCUGGGUAAUGAAUUGAAUGUACUGCUCAACAGAAAAAAAUUAAUUCAACAAUAUACGAAAAACAAGAAAUGAUGAAAUUACGACUAUCGAUUCUCUCAUUGGGGACAAACCGAAAUUCUGCUACAAACAUUAUCGACUCUGUUGUCAUCUAACCGAACACCGUCUUGGAUGUAGUUGCAGUUCUAUAUACUGUUGUUGUCUUAAGUUUAACAUUUGCUAAUUUAAUUAAGCUAAGCUUACCUUAGUCGGCUGUUCAAGUCCGAUUCAAACGAAUUCCAAUAGUUUUAUGUAGGCGACUUGUACAUAAAUAUCAGCAUCAAAUAACACCUAUAUGUACAUAUAAAAAAAUGUGUAUGUAUUUCAAUUUACUUACUAUUACUUUGAAAUUCGAUUUGAAUCCACUUGAGGCACGAACAAUACGAUAUCAUAAAAACAAGUGUGUGUUUCCUUUUUGUAAAUUAUUUAUUGUUAAUGUAUAAAGGAGUGCCCAUUAUUAUUUUGUACAUUUAACUGUGUUUUAAGAUUUAUUGUAUGUAUUAAAUAAUCCACUGUAUAAAACGGCAUAUGUUAUUGUAUAAACAAAUUUAA